GUAGAACCAGUGCAACGUAUUAGUAGAUACUCGUUGAUGUUGAGGGGUAUCCUUCAACUCACCCCAGCAGAACACCCAGAAUACAACGGCUUACAAGCAGCAUGUGAAAAGGCAAGGGAAAUUGCAACGUUAGCGGACGAUAAUCCGACAAAAACGGCAACCAUGUUUUUAAAUCUAUACCAAGCAAUAAAGGAUUCACCAUGUUCUUUGAUAAAUCAGAAAAGACUCCUGAUUGCGCAUUUAGACGCUAUUGAAAUACACCGAGUUACUAAUAAGCCAACAAGAGCAGUAUCCAUAUUUCUGUUUACAGAUAAAAUUUUGGUAGCAAGCCGCUCUUCCAUUGAUUCGAAGGAGAUUAAUUUGGACCAAAUAUUGCACAAUUCCAACCCUUCUGAUAAACCAACUUUGAAAUUCAAAGGCUGGGCUGAUGUGGAGAGCAUUGAAAUGUUCGAUGGUGUUCCAGUGACUGUAUUUAGGGAAUCGUAUCAACGAACAAGAGCUCUCAUGAAAAGAUACGACACCUUCAACGAUAAAGUCUACUACAAGCUCUGGAGCGGUGUGCCUACUUUCUGUAACGUUUAUACUGCAGAAAGUUAUAUGAAUGCCAAAUACAAGAGUGAUACAGCGAUUAUUUACGUCGACCAUCCACAGAUAGAAACAGAAGAAGUCUUUUCGGAUUGUUCACCUCUUUAUAGCCCUUGGAUUGUUGGACUUAUACAACCCGAAGAUAUGAAGGGCUUUCGAUUUCAGGUUUGCACAAGGGUCAAUUUUCCAGCUUACAAAGCCUCUCGUUCAGCUUCAAAUUUAGCUGAGCAGACUAUUGAUUUCGAAAACAUAUUCUGGAACAAUCGUAAGUACAUUCCAUAA